CAACCAACCGCUCCACUUCAUCAUCAUCAACACAUCUCCAUCUUCAACUCAUCGGAAAUCCCUCGCAAUGGCCCGUACCAAGCAAACUGCCCGCAAGUCCACUGGUGGCAAGGCCCCACGUAAGGCUCUCGCCUCCAAGGCCGCCCGCAAGUCCGCACCAUCGACCGGUGGUGUUAAGAAGCCUCACCGUUACAAGCCUGGUACCGUCGCUCUCCGUGAAAUUCGCCGCUAUCAAAAGUCCACCGAGCUUUUGAUCCGCAAGUUGCCUUUCCAACGUCUGGUCCGUGAAAUCGCCCAAGACUUCAAGUCCGACCUCCGCUUCCAGUCUUCUGCCAUUGGCGCUCUUCAGGAAUCCGUCGAGGCCUACCUCGUCUCACUAUUCGAGGACACCAACUUGUGCGCUAUCCAUGCUAAGCGUGUCACCAUUCAGUCAAAAGACAUUCAACUUGCUCGUCGUCUCCGUGGUGAGCGAUCUUAAGCGCCGUCUUUCUUAUUUCGUGUCUUCGGAGGAUGAAGGGGUUCACUAGGCGUUUUGGUUGAUAUGCCCACUGGUUAUGACGGUUACGGGGGCUAGUGCACGAAUCCGUGCCUUUUGCAUUGUAUAUUAAUCAGUUGACUACCCGAUGAAUGGACGACAAGUCAUACUUCAUCUAGUGCUCGAUUUUCGCUCCAAGAGCUAUUUGUAGUGAUUCGCACCGUAGUAUGGUACAUUAUGACAACGCCAAAUCCCAACUUUAGUCACCCAAAACACUGCUUAGGUUCUUGAUUAAAUGGCUACACAACGGCAC